AUGUACGAUAAUGACCCAGACUACUAUGGAGGACCGGACUACGAAGGACGGGAAACGGCCGGUGGGAAAAUGUCGGCCGCAUUUGGCUCGUUGUGCCUGGGCAUAGUUCUUUUCCCAGUGUCGCUGGCGGUGCUGGGGUACAAUGAACAGCUCUAUAUGUGUACACACAAGAACAUUCUCUACGCCCAAAAGAUGGCGGAGGUGAUAAGUUGCAAUGAGCAGCAAAGCUUUUUCCCAGACAUGGUUGUUUAUUUGGCCUGCCCCAUUCACGAGGACAGCCUCCAUGUCUACACUCCUGCAUCCUUUGGAUCCAGUGGCCUGGGUCAGUCGAUCACUUUCAGGUCGUCGGCAGGUGCGCAGACCGCUGAGAUGUUUCAAUGCGUGGAAUCUUCGCACGAAGAGAAGUGCGGAAAAGACGAAAAGUGUAGAGCCUACAGUUAUAAAAUGGAAUGGUUGCGCCAUCCCGUGGAUUCAAAUUCUUUCUCUAUGACGGGCCAGGCGCAGCAAGCCCGACAGAGCGGCUGCCCUGGAUUCCAAGGCAAUCCGCCUUGGCCUCACGAUGUGCUUCCCACCGUGGAGACGAGUUGGGCAGAAUCGAUCCGCGCUGGCCCAGUAACCGUGAGCAAGAGCUUGCUCAAAGGAGGCAACAGCCAGUUUUCUGGGCUGGUGCCCAACAUGGAUCGGCCCGUGCAGCUUUCCAGCUUCGCCAACAGUUUCCUUCCUAUCCACAUGCUGCCGAUCAUGCCUCCGCGCGGUGGAUUCUCUUCCGUCACAACACGCACAGCAGCGAUUGAUGCUUCAGGCACAAAGAUUGUCACAUGCUCGCAGCCCAGGGUUGGAUGCAUGCAGAUCCGGUAUUUCAAAAACUGGGAUGCAUCCGUCUCCCUGAUCAGCAAGAUUGAAGGAGGCUAUACCGUGCCAAUGCAAGUUCCAGCAAGCUGGGGCUGUUCUACGAGCUCCUUUGAUGCCUUGAGCGCUGGUUCCAUGAGCCUGGCAAGCUUCAGUGCGCAGCUUGAAGAUGCGAAUGCUACCCGCACCUGGUUCUUGCGCGUCUUGGGCCUCGUCUUCACCUGGUUGACGGUGUAUUGCUGCUUUCAGCCAAUAGCCGCCGCUGCAGACAUUGUAGGUGAUUGUCUUGCGUACAUCCCAUGCGUUGGGGAGUUCAUGGAGGAUUUGCUGGAAGGUAUGGUUGACACCCUUCUCUGCAUGGUGUCCUGCGGUGUUGGCUGCUCGUGCGGGCUGCUCGUCAUCGGCAUCGUGUGGCUCUUCAUGAGACCUUUGAUUGGUGGCGGCCUGCUACUAGUUUGCGUGGUGCUGGGAAUCUGCGCCUUUGCAGUGGCACAUCAGCACAAGGCAAACAAAGACAUCAACGACCAGUCAGUCCAGCUCCAGGAGAUGUAUGACAAUGACUCACCCUGA